AGUUGGCUCACCGACGCGCUGCAGUGGAGUAGCGCGCGCCGACGCCUGCCCGACCACCGGUAUUUUUAGUGCAACACGGCAGUGAGCGGCGUCGGAGGGCAACGGCCACGUCACCGCACGAGCCGUGGAAGCGCCGCAUCCUGCUCCUAGUGGCCUGAGGUCGUGACGCGUUAAGCUCGGUGCUGAGACCCACUGGGACAUCCCGUGUCCGUCUGCAAUCGGUGCUGGGACCAUGUCAUCGCCCGGGGAUAGCAAGCCGCCGAGUCGGCCACCGCCGAUCAAGACCCGCUCGCUGUCUCGGCAGUACUCGACCGAGCCCGUCUGGGUGGAGGAGAUGAAGCACGUGAUUGACACCAAGAGCUGCGGCCCGCUGACGGUCUACGUCCAGGGCGAUGUCUCGCUGCAGGACAGGAAGGCUGUGUUUCUCACAGUGCACGACCUUGGAUGUAACCACACGUCCUUCCAUGACUUUGUGGAGCACCCCGUGAUGAAAGAUAUCAAGGAGAGGUCAAUCUUCAUUCACGUGGACCUGCCGGGACAGGAGGAUGACGCCCCCGACCUGCCCGAUGAUUUCCGGUACCCGACCAUGCAGCAGCUGGGCGAAGAGCUAGUGCAGGUGCUGGACACGCUGCAGGUCAAGAUGGUGAUCGGCCUGGCGGAGGGCGCCGGCGCGAACAUCCUGACCCGCUUCGGGCUGGCAUACCCGGACCGUGUUCUGGGCCUCCUUCUGGUCCACUGCACCUCCACCAAGGCUGGCAUCAUGGAGUACUUCAACGACAAGUUCAUGAACUGGAAGCUGAGCUCGAUCGGCCACCACCCAAGCGCCGAGCAGUACCUGGUGUUCCACCGAUUCGGCAGCACCCUGGAGGAGCAACUUGAUGGCGACAUGGAUCCAUCCACAAGAGAGAAGCUCAUCAAGGACUUUCAGCAGCGGCUGAAAAGCAAAAUCAAUGCCAAGAACCUCCAGCGUUUUGUUCAGUGUUUCCUUGAGUGAGUACAGUGCUUGCUG